UAGAUCAACUGACAAAAAAAAAUAAAUAUGAUAGUGAAUAAUCAAUGGACUAUGAUGCUGGAAUUACAUUCAAUCCGCUGUUUGAUUUUAUGGUUGAAUUUAUGUUUGGUUAUCUAUCUGCUCAUGCCGAAUCCUCCUCAGAUACUGUCACAACAAGUGACUACAGUGGAUAUCAGCGAUGUGUACAGUGAAAAGCCCCAACAGUUAAUCGAUUUGCACAAUUUUGAUUAUUUAAUCAAUCAACGUUCAUGCGAAUCACAUGUCCACACACUCAUCAUGAUACACUCAGCCCCCUCGAACAUUGAGAAGCGCACAGUUAUACGACAAACUUGGGGCGGAGAGUCUGUAAUAUCUGUGAAUUCUUCACUACGCCUCUUCUUUCUCUUCGGUGCCGUGGAGGAUGCUGAUCAGCAAUCUUUGCUACGGGAGGAACAUGCACUUCAUGGCGAUCUGCUGCAGGGCAACUUCCUGGAUGCGUACUUCAAUUUGACCUACAAGCAUGUGAUGGCUCUCAAAUGGUUUGCAAAUCACUGCAAGCAGGCACAGCUGCUACUCAAAGUCGACGAUGAUAUCUAUCUGAAUACGCCACUGUUGUUGCACCACAUGCAACUGCCACUUGCUGCACUGCCAGCGUUGUUGCACCAGCAAGAGAAGCUGCUGUUGUGUGCCAAGCAGGAAAAUGACCGUGUGCUACGUUCCUAUUCCUCCAAGUGGCGUGUCAGUUUCAGGGAAUAUUCUGAUCGUUUUUAUCCGCCAUUUUGUCCGGGAUUUGCCGUUGUCUACUCCCGGAUGUGGUGAGGCGUCUCUAUUGGGCAGCCCAGAGUUCCAGCUUUUUUCGACUGGAUGAUGUGUUCGUUACAGGGUUGCUAUCCAAGCGCAGCAAUAUAUCCAUCACAGACCUA